AUAUUAUAAGCAUACUUUUUGCCUCCUCUGCCUACUUACAACCUACGCAUUUUUCAUACUUCUAAACUCAUCUCUUUCGUGUAAUUGUAAUUAAAUAUGAAAUAAGAAUUAGAUGACUUACCUUCUCAUUUUCUACUUCUUAUUUAGUAAUUAUUUCACUUGCUAUAUAAAUUUUAUGUGUCAUUGGGAUAUAGAAGUAUCGUAUACGAGUGCAAGAAUAUAAUAUUGAUCAAAUAUGUCGGAAUUAGAUUACAAGGGCAAAGUAUGUGUGACCGGUGCAGCCGGUUUCGUAGCAUCGUGGCUCAUAAAGCGUCUUCUCUUAUCCGGUUAUCAUGUCACCGGCACAGUCAGGGAUCCAGGGGACAACGGAAAAGUGGGACACUUGUGGAAGUUGGCCGGAGCAAAAGAGAGGCUCCGCCUCGUGAAGGCGGAUCUGAUGGUGGAAGGCAGCUUCGAUGCAGCUAUUAUGGGCUGCCAUGGAGUUUUCCACACUGCUUCCCCUGUUUUAGGACUGCCUAAAUCUGAUCCUAAGUCUGAAAUACUGCAGCCUGCAAUCGACGGUACAUUGAACGUACUGCGAUCAUGUAAGAAGAAUCCAUCAUUGAAGCGUGUGGUUCUCACCUCUUCUUCGUCGACAAUUAGGGCAAGAGACGAUUUCGACCCUCAUGUACCGUUGGACGAAUCUUCUUGGAGUUGCGAGGAGCUUUGUGAAAGACUCAAGAUUUGGUAUGUAUUGUCAAAAACACUAGCAGAAAAGGCUGCAUGGAAAUUCUGUGAGGAAAACAAAAUUGAUCUGAUAACCAUUCUUCCAUCAUUUGUGGUUGGUCCAAGUUUGCCACCUCUUUUAUGCUCUACUGCUUCUGAUAUACUUGGCUUGCUCAAAGGGGAGACUGAAAAAUUUCAAUGGCAUGGAAGAAUGGGAUAUGUUCACAUAGACGACGUCGCGUCGAGCCACAUUCUCCUUUACGAAAAUGAAAGUGCAAAAGGCCGUUAUAUUUGCAGCUCACGCGUCGUCGACAAUGAUGAACUAGCUGCAAUUCUAUUGGCCCAAUACCCGACUCUACCAAUUCCAAAAAGGUUUGAGAAAUUGGAGAGAGCUUACUACGAAUUAGAUGUGUCGAAAUUGAGGGGCUUAGGAAUGAAAUUCAGAUCAAUUGAAGAGAUGUUUGAUGAUUGUGUUCAAUCUUUAACCAAACAAGGCUAUAUUUCUCUUUGAUGUAUUUAAAGUUUAUUUAAUUAUCUCUACUACCUCAGUAAAGGAACUUCUAUAUUAUUUAUAUGAAAAAUUAAAAGUUAUAAAA